AUGGCCAAGUUCAAGAUUUCACCGGCCUUAUGGGACAAGAUAUAUCACUUUGCGUCAUUCCCCCAGGCUGGUGUGUCCCUCCAACAAAUGAUCCUCUUUGGCCAAAAUCCCUCGCAAGGGACGCUCCUCAAAGCCUCCCAAUUCCUCUCCGAAGAACUACCCAUCCGCCUAUCACAUCGGGUCGUGGAGCUUGAAGGUCUGCCGGAUGGUCUUAGCCAUGUGCCGAGUAUCAAUACUGUCAAGGAGUGGUAUGCGCAGAGUUUCGAGGAGCUCAUCUCCUUCCCAAGACCCAAGCUGAAUGGCGAGCUUGAAGAGAUACUAAGAAUACCCCCCGCCCCAAUGUUAAACUUUCCCCCUGCCACCCCCAACCCCUCUCUCGACCCUCUCAUGCGUGAAGGACCAGUAGGAUCAGGAUUCGUAUCAGAAAAGCAUCUGGGGACGGGCGGACUUGGGAAACGGCUGAGAAUACCGAUCGAAAGAAGAUACUUUUCACCCCCUCCAACCACCAUCAUAUACCCCCCCGAAGUCCACGAAUACAACGAAAAUUUUACACAUCUCCUGCAAGACAUCAAGCAUCGUCACGACCCGACGGUCACGACUGUCGCGCAAGGAGUUUUAGAGUGGAAGAGGCUGAAGAGGGCGAACGCUAUUGGGACGCCUAUACAGGAGUUUUUGGAUAGAUUUUACAUGAGCAGGAUUGGGAUCCGGUUCUUGCUUGGUCAACAUAUCGCUCUCAAUACGCUACCUCCCCAUCCAGACUACGUCGGCAUCAUCUGUACCAAAGCCAACGUCCACGACAUCUGCCAAGAAGCGAUCGACAACGCCCGCUACGUCUGCGAAGAACACUACUCCCUCUUCAAAUCCCCCUCCAUCCAACUCGUCUGCCCCCCCUCCCUCACAUUCCCCUACAUCCCCGGCCACCUCUCCCACAUCUGCUUUGAACUCUUAAAAAACUCUCUUCGCGCUAUCGUCGAGAGAUUCGGGAGGGACAAUGAUGAGCUGUACCCCCCGAUCAAGGUGGUGGUGGUGGAGGGGAGGGAGGAUAUUACGAUCAAGAUUUCGGAUGAGGGUGGGGGAAUACCGAGGAGUGCGCUGCCGCAGAUCUGGACGUAUCUCUAUACGACAAUGAGCGACGAAGGGCUAGAAGAUCACUUGCAAAUGUCAGAGUUCAAGGCGCCCAUGGCUGGCUUUGGGUACGGACUCCCCUUGUCAAGACUUUACGCUCGAUUCUUUGGAGGUGAUCUGAGGAUCGUGUCGAUGGAUGGUUAUGGCACGGACGUUUACAUCUCGCUCAACAAAUUGUCUUCGAGUCGCGAACCGCUCCAAUAA